UCUUCAUUUUUAUUUUUAGUUCAGUUAUACAAAUAAGAUGUUUUUCUCACUGUUCAGUGUUAUCAACAUUUGAAACUAUUUUUGUACAUUAUUAUCCUCUCUGAUUUCUAAUCCUAUGCAGCUUUGCAAGGACUAAUAGGGAAUGUAUAGAGCCCAUGCGAGUUAAACCCUUAAUAAAGAGCAAUUUGCAAGUACAAUUCUCUCAUUAUUUUUUUUAUCGAUACUUCUGCAUAUUCAGUGAAAUCUAAAGAUUAGAGUUUUAUGAAUAAUUCAGUGUUUAGGCUGAUGUCUGAUUCAUGCUCUUCGAAUCUGGGAGGUGGUUUUGGAGGGAAGAGGAGGAAGGAUUCAGUGUUUAUUUGCUGUCUGUGAGGCUGUGCUCCACAGGAGUGUGGUGAUGCCUGGCACUGUGGCUCUCCCGCCCAUGGAGGACCAGCCCUGGCACAAGGCCUGGCCCCAAGCCCCCAGGCUGUCCCCACACUGUGACACCUGGCUGCUGCUGCUGGGGCCAAGCAAGGGUUUGGGACCCUCCUGCCAGUUCAGCCAGGUGCCAGAGGCAUCACAGAGCUACCAGAGAGGUGAUAGAUGGAUCCAGGAUGAGGAACUGCACCCAAACCUUCUGGUGCCACCCCCAGCAGCUCACUGUCCCCUUCCUGGGGAAUUCAGAAAUGGACUGGAAAUGAAGCAAUAAACAGGCUGGUGCUGGUCAGGGGAGGAGGAGGGCACGUGGGGCUCCAGGCACUGGGUCUAUCUCCCAGCUCCCUGCUCCAGACCUGGCUCUUGCUGGCACCUCAGCCAGGAUCUGGCCCCUGGGCUCAAGAGGUGGGUGCAGGCCUUGACAAAGAUCUCCACGGGCAGUGCUUUUCAGGCGCAUUGCUGUGGUCUGCUGAGAUGGCCACGAGCCAGUCCUGCCACCAUUUAAUCCCACUUUACAACUUUCUCAUGUUUCCAACAGACAAUGCACACAAAAUCCCUGUGAGUCCUGUGUGAAGUGGGCAGUCCCCGCCGCGGGGACAUUUGCAGUGGGGACUGGGUGGGGAACAGUGGGGACAGUUUCUACACCAAAGAGCCAUUGGUGUUUUACCCAGGCUCUCCUCACAAGCACAGGUGCCUGCACGGAGGGGUCAUGGAAGUGCCGUGGCUGCCAUGUCCAGGGCUGGAGUGCUCUCCCCUGAACAUGGGAUUCAGUGGGUGGGGGCAAAUUGUUGUCAUGCUUGUGACACCUGGGGAUGCUGGGUGAGAGUUGCUCCUCCUGCCUCUGCUGCCUAACCAAGCAGCUCUUCAUUUUCCUCCUCUCACUUGUGAAAUCUUCUCCCCUCACCAUUUUCAGAGUCCCAUUUCCUAGUGAGGCCAUACUUGGCAAGGGAGAGAGCACAUCCCACCUUCACCCUGGCAAUGGUUCUGUGUGGGCCCCAUGCUCUGGGCUGGUUCCCUGUGCACCCCACAGCAAGUGUUGUCAGCAAGCUGCAAUCCCAGCACCCCAACACCCAACCUGCAGCAGGUAGACACCUUUUGUCUGCCUGUUCAGGGCACUCACCUGCAAAGCCCCAUCUCUCAUCCUUCUCUAAACCCUCUGCUUAGAUGUGCCCCUUCUCCCUGCAGCCCCUCACAAAGCUUUGGCAAAGACCCUUCAACUUCCAGACCCUGGCUUCCACCAGGGCUUCGACCACAGCAAUUAGCAGCUGCCAACCAGCACCUGCAGCCAGGCUGCUCAUCAGAUAAAUUGGAUGGAGGUGAGCUAGGUAUGGCAGUAGAGUUUGUGCUGCUGUGGGUGGAGGUGUCUGUGACUGCCUGGGUUUGUGUGCUGCCAUGGAGCCUCAGUUGGGUAAGGGGGUCUUCUGCAGGUGCUGUGGGGUCCCUCAGAGCUGGAGCUUGGCUCAUGCUCUGGGCUAUGGUGUCUCUGCUCCCUGGGAGGGCUGCAGGGAUGAGCAGGCCUGUGGCUGCUUGGCGUCUGGGGGCUUUGAGGCUGCUGGGGGUGUGAAUGUCUCAGACUGGACUUCAGUCCCAAAUGGUCCCUCUUGCAGCGGCCAAAGCUGCUGGCAUCGUCCCACGCUAUCCGGCCCACCACCCUCCAACCCUGCAGAUGGUCAAGGAGGCACUGCGGGCCCACGAUGCGAGGAAGGGUGCCUCUGUUGUUGCAAUCAAGCGUUUCAUCCUGGACAAGUACCCCACUGUGGACCCCAUCCGCCUCAAGUACCUGCUGAAGCAGGCGCUGAGCAAGGGGCUGAGCUGCGGGGACCUGGUGCGGCCCCACAACUCGUCUGCUGUGGGGGCCACCGGCACCUUCAAGUUAGCACGCAAGAAACCAGGGCACAAGCAGGAGCUGGGCCAGGCAGAUCCUGACGGGGGACAGGCCCCAAAGCCAGCACAGAAAGGGACCACCAAGGACCCCCAGGCCCCCGUGGCAGGAGCACGACCGCGAGGUGCCAGCAAGCAGCAGCCGAAGGCGAAGCCCGUGAAGGCCCAGCCACGAGCAGCAGAGAAGCCCAGGAGCAAUAGAGUGAAGCAUCCCCAAACUGCUGACCGGCCCCAGGCUCAUGGCCCGGGGCCUUCAGGGCCCCCAAAAGCUGCUGGCCACCGCCAGGCCCCCCGAAAAGGACGCUCAGGACCCAGCACAGCUCGGGCUGCUGAGAACACGGGAGGGAGCGAUAGCGACAGCUCUGGAAGUGCUGGGGUGAAGGGGCCCCAGAAGGCCCCCCGGGGAAAGAGCAAGGUGAAGGUGCCCAAGAGGGCACAGCAGGACGCCCCCAAGACACAGGGAGGUCAAGAUAAGGCGAGGAAGCCCCGGGUGACUGCAGGAGAUGGGCAGGGGAAGGCCAGGAUGAAGAAGGCAGCCCCUGUGGCAGCAGACAGAAAGGCUCCAUAGGGAGCUUGGUCCUGCUUCCGCUGGCCCCAGGACCUUGGGGUCUGUGCUGGUCUCUGUCCCUAGGACAGGUUUUAACUCUGUGUUGUCCUCACCCUAAUAAAGCUUCUUUACUUGCCUCAUGAAACGGCAUGACUGUUGUGGGUCCCUGUCCCUGCACUUCCAUCUCAGUGCCAAAAUCCCUUAGCCCUCUCCUCAGCCUGCAUGGCAUGGUGGUGAGCUGAUGCUGCAGGCAGCUGCCUUGCUCCCUGCCCUCACUUCUCUCUCUGUCCCCAUGUGUCCCCAGCUGUGGUGCCAAGGGGCUGCUGGGCUUGGGGGCUGUGUGUGUGCAGGAUGACAGUGUGCCAGGUGAUGGGCAGGGACCCCGAGACCCACGGGACACAGCAUGGUGACAUCCCCAGGAGCAGAGAAGCUCGAGCUUGGCCGGUGCUGUUGUGGAGCCAUGGUGCCCAUGGGCUGUGUGUGUCCAGCCCUCUGCUGUCCUGGCUGCCCUUGUGCUAAUGCCUGGCUGAGCUGGGAUUACAGCAGCACCAGGGAGCAGGUCUGGGUGCCAUGCCAUGGGCAAGUGUCUCCCAGCAGAGGUGAAGCAGCCCGUGCUUUAACUACAGUAAGAGAAGACAGAGGUGCCUUGGGGCUCAAAAAUCAAGUUUGGGGUGUUACUGUAGCCUCCAGUGCAGCUCAUGCUCUUAUUAUCAGUCUAUGGCACAGUUCCCACCUACAAACUUUUCUUGUGAGCUCCCGUGGAUCAGUGUAUCACACUUCCAUUUAAUAGCUUCAGUUGCCUGAAUUCCUCUUGCUCUGCCCAGAGCAGGGCCCUUCUGAAGGUCAUGCUGAUCAUGUAAAGGGUUACAGUCCUCCUGGGUGGGAGAAAAUAAGUGGAAGUAAAACUCUUUCCAAAGAGGAUUUCGUUAAUCUGCAACUGGCCUUGCCAUUGCCCUCCAAGGCUCCUGGCCUUGCUUUGGGGCUUAAGCAGGAGCUGAGCAAACUAACUUCCCUUAAACUUCAGCCUUUCUGUACUGAUCCAUCUUUAAUGGAACUGGAACUCGUGUCCCUCCAGGGACAAGGUGGGGAAUGUGGCAGCACUAAGUGAGCGGAGUUCACUGGCUUCUCAGAUGGGGGUGGCCUCACAGAGCACCACUCACGUGUGGCAGUGUCCCCAGCAGCGCCAGGCAGGGACUGUGUCCUCCCUCUCACCAGCCACCAGCUGUGACAUGCAAAGCUCUCCUGCUUUGAGAGAGGCCAAAUAAUUUAAUGGCUGGAUUUAGCUUUGCAAAGAAGCAACUUCCUAGUGGAAGAAGAAAAUCCCUCUGGUGUCUGGAAAGCACAGCUUUUACUAGUGCAGGGGAAGAUUUAGCAAUGCCGUGGUUAUUAGGGGCCCUGGGCCACAGCUGGUGUCGGGGUGCUGCAGCUGCAGACCCAAGUCCGGUGCAGGCAGGCACCUGACAGAGGAGAGGGUGCCUGGCAGCAGCUGCUCCUGUGGGUUACUGAUCUCCAGCGCUGGUCAGUUCAGGCGCUGUUGUCCUCAUGCUGGCAGUCCCCUCCCGUGCCUGGUCCAGGAAGGAACUGGGGCAUUGGCUGUGGGAGC